AUGUGCUCCUCUCCUGCGCAAGUCCGACCGGCGGAAUUAUUGCAGCAAUCCACGCAGAAAUGGCAGCAGUCAAGUAUAGCACUGUGGCGUCGAUCGACAACGGUGUUAUCCCACUCGAGGAACAAAUGCCAUCAGACCACUGUGGAAGCCUGGCAUCGAUCAGCAGAUACAUGGGUAAACUCCAAGACUCGAUGCCGCCAGUCAACGGCAGACGUGUUGGUCAAGUCUGCGAAUAAAUGGCAUCAGACGGCCGAGCGAUUCUAUCAGAACUCAAUCCAUGCAGAGGCGAAGAAUGAGGGAAAGCUCGUCGAACAGCCAUCUGAAGAGAGAGCAUCACCCACAUCAACUCGUCCAACACCCUCUCCAACAUCCUCUCACUCAUCUCAGUCUCCAACGUCUCCAACAUCACCAUCUUCGUCAUCGCCCAUCAGACAAUCUCAACAAGCACCAUCUCCGUCUAAAAUGGACGUAUCCAUGAGUCACAUGGUGGAGACCAAAAAGUCGAUAGAUGUCUCGGAGAUAACACUGGAGAAGCAAGUGCUCGAGACCAUCAACUUGACGGAUCAAAUCCUGUACCGAGCAGCGUCCGCAAAGCAAUUAAAAGAAUUCAAGCCCGAGCUCCUCGGCGAAAUCGAAUACAACUGGAUAUUCGCCACAAUUUCCGACGCAGGCAACGCAGCACGAGAUCUGGCCAAGUUCGUGGAACCCUACCGACUCGAGCUCCUGAAGCACAAAGGCAAGCUCAAGUCCAGCACUCGGAAGCGCUGGAUACUCAAGGAUUCGCAACUCGCUCUCGAAAGGAGAUCCAGACUUGAUCUGUUCCAGGAGAGACUAGAGCGAUCCAUCAACCAUCUCACCGGUGAUAUCACUCCGCCGAUGUCCCCGCGACGAAGCAACGACGCUGUUCUGGCCGAGCUUCCUCAGGAAUCCCGCAGUGCUCGUAUGAGUAGCACCGAGGUUCCAAAUGAGACUCGAGUUACCUCGUCAUCCUACGCCGAGCUCCCCGCUCGCUCGUCCCACGACUCCGACCCUGCAUCGGGCGUUGCAGAACUUCCCGGCGACGGGCCCCAGACUCAAUUGAUGCCUUUGAAUCCAGUGCCCAGGAUCAUUGUCACACAAGCUCCUGGUGAAAUGAUGCUUGACCGCGCUGAGCUCCCCGACCACGAACAGUACAUGUAUGAAGCGUAUGAACUUGAUGGGACGCUGCACUGGGAUGAGACGCGCGACAAUAUUCGAAUGCAGCAAUCUGAAUCUCUAGCGAAUAUUGUUGCGAAGAUGGACCUCAAUCGAACCCGGUGA